GCCGCCCUCAGAGUCUCAGUCGAGUCCUUUUCUGUCUUUGAGAGAAGAGCACCUGGAAACGUUGCAUUUAAUAUUUUGUCAAACAUGUCCAUCAGUCGGAAGAACUGGUCGGCUCUGUCCAGCUUAGCUCGCCAGUGGACUAUGGAGGAUGAGGAAGAGGUGGAGAGGGAGAGGAGGAGGAGGGUGAAGAGCUCAAGCUGCACCAAUGACCCUGAUGAUGAAGUCAGCCAAACACCCAGAGACACACCAACCAGUGACAGCACCUCUGGGACAGACCCCAAGAGUGAGAUGUCCCAGGGCCUUAGCAGUGUGGAGCAGAUGCAGCUGGAUUUCGUUGAGAUGCUGCGCUCCCGUGACGAAAAGCGUAGAAUGAGGCACGUGGAGACGCUGAGACGACAGAAGGAGGCUGGGGAGGAUGAAGCAGAAGCCAGCGGUGGAGGGGCCAGAGUGGAGCUACUGGGGGACUUAAAUGAAGAAGAGGGAGGGGUGUUCCCCCCUGUGACAGCCAUAAAACCACAACCACUUCAGAAAACCACUUCUUACAGUCCCACAAACAACAAAAGCAGCCCCAGCAGCAUUACUAGUGUCAACGUUACCAACAGACAACAAGAAAAUGGCGACUCUUCAGGCAAAGGCCCUGAUCCCAAACCACCGUCCAACCCGGCACGCAAGUUUGUCAGUUCUAUCUCCAUCUCGCUUGACAAAAGUCCCUCAGCCAGUGGCUGCACAUCUCCCAUGAGCCCUCGCUCUCCAACUUCCUCAUCAGCAUCUCAGGAACGCUGGCCAUCACCUUGCCAGAGUCCCUCUCCUCAGGGAGCUCAGAGUCCUGUACAGAAUGGACACUUGCAGCAGACCAAUGUGAAUGGCUCUCCCUCCAGUGGCAACUUUGAACAGACCUCCAAACCUGCAUUUGUCAGACAGAGCUCCAGGACUAUAUCUUUCAGGAUGAUGAGGAAGAAAGAAGAAGAGAGUUCACCUCUGCAGAGGAGUGCGAGUGUGAGGUUGGCCUCCAAGAAGUUUGAAUCCAGCACGGACCAAAAUGACGAUGAAAACAGAGAAUCAUCUUUCCAGAGAAACUCUCGGCAGAGGAUGUCAUCCCGGUCCAUCCAAGAGAAGAUGGAAAGACUUGCCCAAGCGGCACAGAAAUCUGAAGUGAGUAGAUCUCAAGAUGUGACCCAAAGGACCCUGUUCCUACUGGAAGAGGUGUCUAGGAAGAGAAAUAUCUUUGAGAAGGACCAGCCGGUGACAUGCCCCACCAGCCCAGGAGUUUCCAGACAGGAGUUUAGGAGCUUCACAUCAGUGAUGUCUGAUCGGAUCAACCGCUGGAUCAACAAGUCCAACCAAACAGGGUCUUCACACAGUCCAACUGACUUGAGGCACGUGGACAUCACCAGCAAGAGAAACCUGUUUGAGAGUAGAGGAGAGGAUAGUGCCCCCAAAACCCUCCCUGGAAAAGUCCACAAGUGACGAACACCUUACAGAAUCUUAAAAAUGACAAGAGGAGACAAAGAAAACUGGAAGAUUUAGUUGAUAACAUGACUGAUGUAUAUUUUCUUUUACACUUUUUUUUUUUUUUUUUUACGGCCAAGGCACAAUGGAGAAAGAUGCAAAAUUUAGAUGGUAGUGAGUUUUUGUAAGAGUACUGGAAAGCAGGAUGCUACUUUUAAAUUUCUGAAGCUUUAAUCACACACCUAUGCAUUGCUUCUCUAAGAAUGAAUGCGUUUGAAUGUAUUUAAACACUGAAACUGUCUGGAAAGGAGUUUAACAUGAUAUAAGACUUAUAAAUAGAAUAGCAAAAGACAGACAUAUUUUCCUCUCAGCUCUCCGCCAUUACUUUGUGUAAUUUUAAAGCACUUUAAACAGGUGAAGGCUUUUGAUAUAUUUUUUAUCAAAUUAUACUAGUGGGAAUCAUGGAAUUGUGAUUGAAUGUUUUUUUUUUUUAAUUUGCUGCCAAAGUAUGUGUUUUAUUUUUGUCAUAGAUGCUGUGUGUCUAAAGAAUAAACAG